AUGGACGACCUCAAGGAGCACAUAGACCAGCUGCAGUCGGAGAGCAAUCUGUCCCAGAGCAUCUGCGAUGUCCAGAAGGCAAUCGACCUGCUCACCACGGCCAGGGCCAAGGUCGCCGCGGAUCCCCAAAUGGCACCCGUCACGCUCGCGAAACUCCAAGAGCCUGUCCGGAAGUCCAUCGAAGCCGCGAACAAUGACCUGAAGAAGGUCCACAAGGGUCUGGGCGCAUACGGAAAGGCGCUGGACAGGAGAUUCAAAGACAAGCCCCUCCCGACCGCCGAAAACGACGCCCUUUCGUCCCACCCACAGCUCAUAAACCGGGCCAUAGCCAUGCACCUCCUCCGCGAGGGCCAAUUCUCAGUCGCAUCCACCUUCAUCGAAGAGGCCAACGCCCACCCACCCCAGCCCGAACCAACCCCCGCCACCCCCAAUCCAUAUCUACAGGAAGCAUGGGAGAAGGAUCCGGCGAACGGCACAUUCGACUCUCAUAAGCUGCAACAGCAAUUCAAGGACAUGUAUCACAUUCUCCACGAACUUCGGCAGAACAGGAAUCUUUCGCCGGCUAUCGCAUGGGCGCGAGAACGAAGCGACGUCCUAGAAGCCCGCGGAAGCAAUCUCGAAUUCGAGCUCUGUCGCUUACAGUUCGUAUGCUUCUUCAUCGGCCGCGACGAAGACGGCAUGAUGACUGAAGACUCCGCCGACGGACCUCUCCGCGCAUGGGCGUACGCACGAAGCGAAUUUGGUCCUUUCCAGGCUCGAUAUGGGCGAGAAGUACAGCAACUUAUGGGGGCAAUGGCAUACUGGGAAAAUGUAGACGACUCGCCUUAUCGGAGAUACUUCUACAACAAUUCUGCUUGGGAGGAAGUGGCGACUUCGUUUACCCGAGAAUUCUGCUCGCUGCUGGGGCUAUCCGCUGAUUCGCCGCUCUAUAUCGCCGCAACGGCAGGCGCCAUCGCAUUACCGACGCUCCUCAAACUUCAGAACAUCAUGAAAGAGAAGCGGACAGAGUGGACAACACAGAAUGAGCUCCCCGUCGAAAUCCCACUCCCACCUUCCUACCACUUCCAUUCCAUCUUUGUUUGCCCCGUCUCCAAAGAACAAUCCACAGACCAAAACCCACCAAUGAUGAUGCCAUGUGGUCACGUGAUAGCACAAGAAUCGCUCGACAAGCUAAGCAAGGGCGCAAGAUUCAAGUGUCCAUACUGCCCCGGAGAGUCACAUCCAGGAGAUGCGAAGAAGGUGUUCUUGUAG